CUGAGAAGCUGAGCAUAGGAGUACAAGGGACAAUAAUAAUGUGAAGUGGAAGCACAGCUUUAAUAACGUUGGAAUCGCCACAUUACAUCUUCUCCUGUCCUUCCCUCUACUCAUACAUAAUUCUCCGACCUCCCUCUUGGAGAAACACUCUACGCCUCCAUGACCGUCAACAAUGGUAACCUUUGAUCGCAGAGCAAGAUACGAUCUAAGGCCACACUGGAUUUCCUUACCCGAGAAGAGCACACUUCUUACUGGGACAGUAAUAUCAGAAACAGGACAGUAUGUGGUGUCACAGGUUGGCAUGGCUAUAUUCGGUUACUAGAGGACUACAAACAAAAGUAGUUAGAGGGCAAAUUCAGAGGGCGCCCAGUUUUCAUCAGUCUGUGACAGCUGUGAAACGCUGGUUAAGUACAGCUCCCGAGGCUCUCAGUUGCUCCUGGGUCCUACACAAAGAUCACUUUGAACUAUUAUACUCAGGAAAUGUUAUGCGCUUUGAUUAUGUGUGGCUGCGGGAUCACUGUCGCUCAGCUUCCUGUUAUAAUUCUAAAACCAACCAACGUAGCCUUGAUACUGCAAGUGUGGAGCUUGACAUUAAACCUGCUCAGGCGCGGGUGGAUGAGACCACGCUGUACCUCACCUGGCCAGAUGGACACAUGACACGUUACGGACUGGAGUGGUUAUUGCAGAAUAGCUACGAAGGACAGAAGCACCAGCUAGUGCAGCCUCGGAUACUGUGGAACGCACAAAUUUACAAAGAGGCAGAAAUGCCAUUGGUCAGCUAUUUGGACUUCCUAGAGACAAAUGAAGGACUGAGAAACUUCCUUCAGAAUUUUUUGCUGUAUGGUAUUGCUUUUGUAGAUGAUGUUCCAGCAAGCCGAGAAGAUACACAAAGGGUGGCAGAGAGGAUCAGCCACAUCAGAGAAACCAUUUAUGGAAAGAUGUGGGAUCUGACGUCAGACUUUUCACGAGGAGAUACUGCAUACACAAAAUUAGCCCUGGAUCGUCAUACCGACACCACCUAUUUCCAGGAGCCCUGUGGCAUGCAGCUCUUCCACUGCUUGCGGCACGAAGGUACUGGUGGCCGCACCUUGUUAGUAGAUGGCUUUCAUGCAGCUGAUCAAGUCCGUCAACAUCAUGCUGAGGAUUUCGACCUGCUGACUAAUGUACCUCUGAAGCAUGAGUAUAUUGAGAAUGUGGGGGGGAGCCACAACCACAUGGUGGGAAUUGGUCCAGUGUUAAAUGUUUACCCCUGGAACAAAGAAGUAUACAUGAUCAGGUACAACAACUAUGACCGUGCUGUUAUAAACACAGUGCCAUAUGACAUUGUGCACCGCUGGUACUCUGCACAUCGCGAGCUGACCAAUGAGCUAAGGAGGACAGAAAAUGAGCUGUGGGUUAAACUGAAACCAGGCAAGGUGAUGUUUGUUGAUAACUGGAGAGUUCUGCAUGGAAGAGAGUCCUUCACAGGAUACAGGCAGCUUUGUGGUUGUUAUCUUAACCGUGAUGAUGUUCUAAACACUGCAAGAUUACUUGGCCUGAAAGCAUAAUAGCAGCUCCUGGCACUCAAGGUUUUCUUUGACCACAAGUAUAAGGCAAAAACCAAUGACCAAAGUUUUUUUAUGUCUUUAUAGAACACAAUAAGUAAAUUAUUUUAUUAACUACAAAUCCUUUGAGGUACUCUGCACAACUGUUCUCAUUUAUGGGAGUCAGUGAAUCUUUUAGCUGUGGAAAGCAUUAUAUAGGAAAGCAUUAUAUAGGAAAGCAUUAUAUAGGAAAGCAUUAUAUAGGAAAGCAUUAUAUAGGAAAGCAUUAUAUAGGAAAGCAUUAUAUACUAUGCAUUUCUCUUAAUGUUUGAUUUUAAUAUGAAUAUUUUAUUUAAUUUUAAAAUACCAUUCAUUGUAUGACAGAAGACACUUUUUUUUUUGCUACAUAUUUCAUAAGUGAGAAUUUUUUUUUACCAAACCGCUCCUGAACUUGGUGUAAAUAAAAAAUCAAAUAUUAAGCAUUUUUUCAAGUUGCAUCAGUGAGAAAGAAACAAAGGUGCCAAAUAUUUUCACAAAACUGAAGUAUUACAAAUUUUAAGCACAUUUUUGUAUAGAAAAAGAUUGUGUUUGGUACUCAUGAUGUGUGCUAAUAGAUAUGGGCGUCCAAUGAAAUCUGUUCAGGGGGUACGAAAAAAUGACUAGAACAAAAUAAUACAAAUCACUGCAAUAGAGGCAGCGUGCAGCUGCAUAUGAGCUGGGCAUCAUUUUAAUGGUGGCUCAUUGGCAACAAAAGAGUUACUCAUGUAAGAGCUUAUGCUUGCAAAAAAAAAUUAAAAAUCCUAGGCAGGAUAAUUGCCCUUCUUGCCAGACACUCCGGACACCCAUGCUAGCAGAACAUUAUUUACAAUGUAAAUAGAUGUUUAUCUGCAAUAAUUUGUAACCAGCACUACAGUUGUCUAAACUACAAUAUUGACUGAAAAUGAUAUUUAUUAUACAAGUCUGGUGUAAUUGUACAAUUAUGUGCUUGAAGUAGCAGCUCACAAGCAGAUAUCAUUUUUACAUUACAGGUUACCGAGUGCCUUUUUUAUGUAUAACUUGUAUUAACUAAUAUCGCUGUAUGUGAAAGUUAAACUGCUUAAUUAAAAACAUCAACUUUUUAA